AACAACCAAGCUACCAACAGCUGAACAACCAGCCUACCAACAGCUGAACAACCAAGCUACCAACAGCUGAACAACCAGCCUACCAACAGCUGAACAACCAGCCUACCAACAGCUGAACAACCAAGCUACCAACAGCUGAACAACCAGCCUACCAACACCUGAACAACCAGCCUACCAACAGCUGAACAACCAGCCUACCAACAGCUGAACAACCAAGCUACCAACAGCUGAACAACCAGCCUACCAACAGCUGAACAACCAGCCUACCAACAGCUGAACAACCAGCCUACCAACAGCUGAACAACCAAGCUACCAACAGCUGAACAACCAGCCUACCAACAGCUGAACAACCAGCCUACCAACAGCUGAACAACCAGCCUACCAACAGCUGAACAACCAAGCUACCAACAGCUGAACAACCAGCCUACCAACAGCUGAACAACCAGCCUACCAACAGCUGAACAACCAGCCUACCAACAGCUGAACAACCAAGCUACCAACACCUGAACAACCAAGCUACCAACAGCUGAACAACCAGCCUACCAACAGCUGAACAACCAGCCUACCAACAGCUGAACAACCAAGCUACCAACAGCUGAACAACCAGCCUACCAACAGCUGAACAACCAAGCUACCAACAGCUGAACAACCAGCCUACCAACAGCUGAACAACCAGCCUACCAACAGCUGAACAACCAGCCUACCAACAGCUGAACAACCAAGCUACCAACAGCUGAACAACCAGCCUACCAACAGCUGAACAACCAGCCUACCAACAGCUGAACAACUUAACUGGCCUUGCAGAAGGAGGAGUGUUUGACAAACAGGGCCUACCUGGCAUCCUCUUCGCUGAGAUGCAAAGACGGUUCAAGUCGGGGGUUGCGACCCGAAAAACCUCUGAACCCAAGGGAGUGCCUAUCCCGAUGUCUGCUGAACGGCCCCAGACCUCCUCCGUAGCCUCCUCGCUCCCCACCCCAACCCUUGCUGCGGCGCUAACCCGACGAAGGUUCACCCUGAGCGGGGCAGCUGACAGCCAGAACCAUGGACUGAUGGUCUACUGCAGAAUGCCAUUCUCUCAUAGCUUCCUGUCUGAGGACCAGUUCCAGUGUUCCAUCUGUCUAGAUAUCUUCAUAAACCCUGCCUCCACCCCAUGCGGACACUCCUUCUGCAUGGCCUGCAUAGGUCGGUACUGGGACGGUGCUAAGCUCUGCCAGUGUCCCCUCUGCAAAGAGACCUUUAAGAAACGUCCAGACCUCCAGAUAAAUCGGACCCUCAGGGAGAUCACGGAGCAGUUCAAGUCCAUGUCCGGGGUGUCUCGGUUGGACAGCGGGAGGUGGAGAGGGGUCCUGGGGGCUGGAGAUGGAGGUGGUGGAGGAGGAGAGGACACAGACCAUCAGGACCCCAGCACCAUAGAGAGGGAGUGGAUGGACAAUAAGCUACGAGUGUCUGAGGCAGAGAUCCAUGAGCUGAUUCUACAGAGACAGAGGAAGAUGGAGGAGAUUAGGUCAUCACUGGCUCAACUACAGCUGUCAGUGGAACGUGAGACAGCGGGCAUCAUGGGUACGUUCAGUGCGUUGGUGUGUGCGGUUGAGAGGUCACAGGCUGAGCUCAUGGAGAUGGUUGAGAUUAGUAGGCGGGUUGCAGAGCACCAGGCGGACGCUGCGAUUUGUCAGCUGGAACAGGAAGUGACUGAGCUCAGGAAGAGAAGCCACGCCUUCUCCCAGAUGGCCCAAUCAGACGACAACGUUCAUUUUAUCAAGAGCUACCCUGCCCUCUGCACCCCUCCACCAAUCAGAGACUGGUCUGGGGUGUCGGUGAACCCUGACCUGGGAACGGGGCCCAUCUAUAGGUCGCUGUCUGUCCUGGUCCAACACUUCCAGGAAGAGCUCAACAGGAUGGCUGAGUUUGGCGUACAUCUCCCACUAGAGUCAUCUCCAGUACCACAGCCCAAGGUGAAGAGGGUACAAGAGUAUGCAGUGGACGUGACUAUGGACUCAAGCACCGCCCACCCCAGGCUCAUCCUAUCAGAAAACGGGAAAAAUGUCAAAUGUGGGGACCAUCACCAGUCGGUACCUCAUAACCCUGAGAGGUUCGACCGUGUCGUGUGUGUUCUGGGUCGAGAAGGGUUCUCCUCUGGGCAACACUAUUGGGAGGUGGAGGUGGGCGGGAAGACUGACUGGGAUCUGGGCGUGGCCAGCAGCUCCAUCAACAGGAAGGGGAAGAUAAUGGUAUCCCCUAGCAACGGCUACUGGUUCCUCAGCCUCAGAGACAAACACAACUAUGCGUUCCGGACAGAACCCUCCACCGAGCUGCUUCUCAACCUCAGACCACAGAAGAUUGGGGUGUAUGUGGAUUAUGAGAAAGGGCAGGUAUCGUUCUACAACGUGGACGCUAAGCUCCACAUCUACACUUUCCUGGACACCUUCUGUGAGUCUGUGUUCCCGUUCUUCAGUCCCUGCACCAACAAGUCAGGCAAGAACGACGGAACCCUCACCAUCACACCAGUACUGCUCAUGGACUGACUGUAACACACACACACACACACACACACACGAAGACUUAUGCACACACACACUGUGUGAGCAUGCAAUAUGUAAAUAACGGCACACAAAUGAAGUUACAUGCAAUAUACACACUUUUAUUUCUCAGAUCUCUUUUUACUGAUGAUUGAAACCAACUUAUUGAAAGGUACAGUUAUAUAUAUAUAUAUAUAUAUAUAUACUGAACAAAAAUAUAAAAACGCAACAUGUAAAAUGU